AUGUCUUCUCAAGAAGCUAUUGAAGAAUCUCUUCUUUUGGACGGUCUCUCUGAUCACUAUAGGGAAGUUGUCAAGAGUUACAUCAAGUUUACUCAUCACAAGACUGACUUGCACCUCAAGGAAGUUUCUAGAGGUAUUCAAGAUAUUAAGGAUAGUAGAUUGUUGGAUAACCAAUAUAGUUUAUUAGAGGUUAAGAAUAUUAUUGACGCAGUGGAAACGGUAGUCAAGACUACAAUUAAAUCGGAAACACAAUAUGCCAGCCAUACAUCCAUUGAAUUAUUAAGACAAGUUUUCUCUGAGGCUGAUCAGGCUGGAUUUAAACUCAAAGUUGAUAUUUCAAGUAUUGAAGACGAAGAAACAUUGAAGGAAAUGGCAAAAAUUGAAACUGCCAUGUUUCCAAAGACUGUUCCAACAAGCGGAAAUAAGCUCCCAUCUCUUAAACCAGCAGGUGGUGAUGAUACUCUCAAAUUGAAAAAGGAAAAUGAUCAAAUGAGAGAUCAAUUAACCUCCCUUCAAAAGGCAUACAAUGAAAUGAUGAAGGCAAAGACUGAAAUCACCGAUACUUUGAACAAGACCACAGAUGAAUUAACAAGAUUGAAGCAUAAGGUUGAAGGAACCGUCGAUCCAAAGGAAGAACAAGAAAAGGCUGAAUUAAAGAGCAGUAUUGAACAAUUAUCUACCCAAUCAAAAGCCCAACAAGAUGAAAAUUCCAAUUUGAAGGCCAGUUUGGAAUCCCUCAAACAAUCUCUCGACAAGUGCGAAGCUGAAAAGAAGGAAAUUGAAAAGGCUGUUGAUAAUCUGAAGAAGGAUAUCGCCACCGCUCAAAAUGAAUUAACUCUCAAGGUUAAUCAAACUUCUCAAUUCCAAAACAUGAUGAAUAUCGUCAAGACCAAGAAUGAAGAACUCAAAGAAUUGAGAGAUAGAAUUAAGAAAAUCGACCCAAGCUUUGAAGUUAAAGAAUAAAUCCACUAUCAUAACUACU